UCUCUCUCUUUCUCUCCCCUCCCCACCACUCUCUCUACAAAUCAAUGGAAGAACAUCCUCGGGUGAGGAUAGCCCUGAAAGUUAAAUUCUAUUUCAUUGUAGUCAAUGGAGUUGGGGUCCUACCCUGUUCCACAGCACAGCUGCUCUCUGCAUCGUCUACAUUGCAGCCCUUUCUUCCUCCAGAUAAUCCUCAAGGCCCGUGCGGACACGGCAGCCGGGCGCCCAUAGGAAGCGUGGGGUGGGUGCAUGGCCUCUGCUGUGGGGAGCCUCAGAGUCUGGCAUUGCAGGAUUCGGCAGAGGCAUGGCGUCGGCCACCACCAGCAAGAAGAUGCGGGAGGAGGCCACCUGCCCCAUCUGCCUGCAGCUGAUGGCCGAGCCCAUGAGCAUCAGCUGUGGCCACAGCUACUGCCAGGCCUGCCUCCUGAGCUUCAUGGGCCUGGCCUCCUCCCCACUGAGACAGCAGGACACGGAGACCUUCUCCUGCCCCCAGUGCCGGGCUCCCUUCCAGAGAGGCAGCCUGCGGCCCAGCAAACAGCUGGGGAACCUCAUUGCCGCCCUCCGGGAGCUGGAGCAGGAGCAGGAGCUGGAGCAGGAGCAGGAGCAGGAGCAGGAGCAGGAGCAGGAGCAGGAGCAGGAGCUGUUUUGCCAGGAGCACAGGGAGCGGCUGCUCCUCUUCUGCGAGGACGAGGGCCAGCUCAUCUGCUGGCGCUGUGAGCGGGGCUUGAGGCACAAGGGCCACACCACCUCGCUUGUGGAGGACGCGGGCCCCAGCUACCAGGAGCAGCUCCAGGAAGCGGUGAGGAAACUGAGGCAACUGGAAGAGGAAUGCACCAGCCAGAAAGCGUUCAUGGCCAAGCAGAUAGCCGAGUGGAAUGAGAAGAUAGAGGCUCGGAGUCAGAAAAUCCAGGAGGACUUCAAGAACCUGCACAGCUGCUUGAGUAAGGAGAAGAGGUACUUGCAAAUACUAGAGAGCGAGAAAGAGCACACACUGCGGAGACUGAGGGAACGUGAGGCCAAACUGGAGCAGCAGAGCCGGGAGCUGGAGAGCUGCAUCCUGGAGCUGGAGGAGCGAUGCCAGGGCUCUGCCCAGAAGAUGCUGCAGGAUGUGAAGGGCGCCCUGAGCAGGAGCCAGGCUGUGCGGCUGGAGACCCAAAAGGUCCUCUCCUUGGAGGUUCAGACCGAGUGUGAUGUCCCGGAGCUCUACUUUGACCUGAGGAAACGGUUGAGGAGCCACCAAAUCAGCGUGACUCUGGAUCCAGAAACAGCGCAUCCAGAACUAAUUCCAUCCAAGGAUCAGAGACAAGUGACACGGGGGGGCUGUCCCCAGGGCGCCGGGGACCCCUCUCCCCAGAGGUUCACGGUCUCGCCCUGCAUCCUGGGCUUCAUGCCCUGGCGACAGUACUUCAAGGUGGACGUGGGCGAGGGCGUGGGUUGGGACGUGGGCUGGGACGUGGGCGUGUGCCUGGAGAGUGUGCAGAGGUUCGUGGAGACUUUGCAGAAGCCCGAGGCCGGCUUCUGGGCCCUGCGGCUGUGCGCCAGGGACAGCUACCAGGCGCUGACCUGGCCUCGAACGCCCCUCGGCCUGAAGAAGCCGCCCCUGGUGGGGGGGGUUCUUAUGGACUGCGAGGUCGGGGUUGUGUCCUUCUACAACGCGACCUCGGGCUCCCACCUCUUCACCUUCCCAGGGCCUCCUUCCCCGGCAUCCUGAGGCCCUAUUUCCAGGUUUCCCCAUAUUCCCCCCUGUUCCUGCCCAGCCCGGACGAGUGAGGCGAGGAGCAGGCCUCCGUGUGGCUGAGCCAGCAGAGAGGAGUGUGAAGGCCUAGGGUGGGAUUCGGGCCUAGGGUGGGGUUCUCCAUGCUAUUUCCCUGCCCCAGAGCAGUGCUGGGCUGUUAGUGGAUCCUGGGUAUAUCUUCCUUGUGUGUGUAUGUGUGUGUGUUGGGGGGCGGGG